UUGCCUCAUAGUGAGUGCCGCUGUUUGCUGCUCACAGACCUGUCAGCCUCUGUCUUUUCUGUCUCUGAGAACCAGCUGCUAAAAACAAGCGACCAUGGCACCUGCAAAGAAGAACAGGGUGUUUGUUGUCGGUGUUGGCAUGACAAAGUUCGACAAACCUGGAGCUCGAGGUGACUAUGAUUAUCCUGAAAUGGCUAAGGAAGCAGGUCAGAAGGCUUUAGCGGAUGCAGCAAUCCCCUAUUCUGCCAUUGAACAGGCCUGUGUAGGAUACGUCUAUGGGGACUCCACAUGUGGGCAGAGGGCCAUUUAUCAUGGCCUGGGCCUCAGCGGCAUCCCCAUCAUCAAUGUCAACAACAACUGCUCCACCGGCUCCACCGCUCUCUUCAUGGCUCGACAGCUGGUUCAGGGAGGUCUUGCUGACUGUGUGCUUGCUCUCGGGUUUGAGAGGAUGGAGAGGGGCUCUUUGUCUUCAAAGUAUUUGGACAGGACCAGUCCAAUGGACAAGCACAUGGAGGUGAUGAUCAACCGCUAUGGCAUGGCAGCAGCACCAGCAGCACCGCAGAUGUUUGGCAAUGCUGGCAGGGAGCACAUGGAAAAAUAUGGCACGAAACCGGAACACUUUGCCAAAAUUGCCUGGAAAAACCACAAGCAUUCAAUUAACAACCCGUAUUCCCAGUUCCAGGAUGAGUACAGUUUGGAGCAGGUGGUUAAAUCCAGGAAGGUGUUUGAAUACCUGACUCUGCUGCAGUGCUGCCCAACAUCAGACGGCGCUGGAGCUGCAGUUUUGGCCAGUGAAGACUUUGUCAGGAAACACCAUCUGGAGGCCCAGGCAGUUGAGAUUGUGGCUCAAGAGAUGGUGACUGACCUCGCUUCCACAUUUGAAGAAAACAGCUGCAUCAAGAUGGUUGGCUAUGACAUGUCUCGGUUAGCAGCGAAAAAGUGUUUUGAAGCUGCAGGUCUGACGCCGAAUGAUGUCAACGUAAUCGAGCUACAUGACUGCUUCUCAGCCAAUGAGCUCAUCACGUACGAGGCUCUGGGGCUUUGUCCAGAGGGUAAAGCGGGAGAGCUGAUCGACAGAGGGGACAACACGUACGGAGGAAAAUAUGUAGUGAACCCAAGUGGUGGUCUCAUCUCUAAAGGUCAUCCUCUGGGAGCAACAGGUCUGGCGCAGUGUGCAGAGCUGUGCUGGCAGCUUCGUGGUCAGGCUGACAAAAGGCAGGUCCCUGGAGCCAAAGUGGCCCUGCAGCACAAUAUUGGCUUAGGAGGAGCUGUGGUGGUCACUCUCUACAAGAUGGGGUUCCCUCAGGAAGCCAAGUCUUAUGUUGCUGCCGUUCCCACCAGCUCGGGCAGCACUCUGGAGGGCUUUAAAGCUUACCCCGUAUUCAAAGAGAUUGAGAAACAUCUGCAGCAGGAAGGAGAGCAGCUUGUCAAGAAGGUUGGGGGCGUGUUUGCUUUUAAAGUGAAGGAUGGACCAGAAGGGAAAGAGGCGACCUGGAUUGUGGAUGUGAAGAAUGGCAAAGGUUCUGUCUCCAAUGAUCCAGAUAAAAAGGCAGACGUCACCUUAUCCAUGAGUGAUGUGGAUCUUCUGGAUCUCAUGACUGGAAAGUUGAACCCACAAACAGCAUUCUUCAAAGGGAAACUGAAAAUUGCGGGGAACAUGGGCAUGGCCAUGAAGCUGCAGAACCUUCAGAUCACACCAGGAAAAGCCAAACUGUAAAACAAGUCAUCAGAACAAACAGUCAAUCAUCUGAGCGACACAUUAGGAAGAAAUUUGUUUUAAUUCCUAUGUUUUUAAUCUUAAAAAUUUGGUCCCUAAUGUUUCAGUUUCAGCCACUACUCUGAUAUCACCCUGUAUAAAUGAUUAUUAAUGUUGGUACUCAUCAUUUUAGGAUGCUUUCACACCUGGAGGCUUUGGAGAAGUUGCUCUGAAAAAUGGUAGUUUCUCCUUUAAAAUGUGCACACAGCAAUCGCACUCUGAUGAAGAACGAAAAAAGGGCCAAGAUCACCUAGAAAAGUAUGAAUGCAAUCAGCUCUGCAAAUGCAACAAAAACUGGUUGGCUCAGUAGCCAGGAUGCCCAUAAGGAGGGCAUCCUAUAAAAGAAACAAUAAUACAUUUUAUUUUUAUUCAUGGUGUAGUAAAAUAUAGUAAACCCCUUUUCUGACAAAAACAUUACUACCUUUUUGUGCUAAUGUUAAUGUGGGUGGGAACAUUGACUAAUCCACUUGGAAGGUGAUGUCAGACUAAAUAGUUAAGCCAUGAUAUGCACAAACUUUAGGAUACCAGAGAAUAAAGUGGAAGGAACUGAAAUAAAAGCAAAAUAAUGACUAAGUAAAAGAAUAAAAGAAAGAAAACAGGUGAAUGUUGGCGAAAAAUGGUUCAAAGUGGCAAAAUGUGCAGAAAAUGUUUAAAAGUUUUGAAAAAUGGUCAGAGAGUGGCAGAAAGGGGUUAAUAAUGGCAAAAUUGGGUUAAGUAAUCGGUUGUGAAAGGAAGAAUUGGGCAAAAAAAUUUGUGGUAAGAUUGUUAAAAGCAUUUAAAAAGUUGCAAAAAGUGAUAAAAAGAGGCAACAUGGGCAGAAAAAUAGUGAUAAGCAGUUAAAAAACAGAACAAGUAGGAAACAAUGAGCUGAAACAUUGAUGAAAAGUUGUUAAAAUGUGACACCAACAAGUAAUUUGGACAUCAGAACCCAGUUAUAGCUUGAUACUCUUCAACUUUUCAUCCUCCCUGCUGCUCCAAGUCAAACUGCUCAUUUUGGUGCCAGGUUAACUUGCUAACAAGCAUCAUGGAGCCAUAAAUUUAGAACAAAGCAAAUGAGCCACAGAUGUGAAAGCACCUUCAAAGUCUGAUUUUACUCUGAAAUAGACUGUAAGCUGCUCCUUAUUCUCUAAAUGUGUGCACUUUUAAGUAAGAGCUUUCCCUCUGUGAUGAAUUAAUGUUGCUCUCAUACACUGAGUGUGCCUCUAAUGUAUGUAGUGUAAUUAUCUCUGAUGAAGCCUGUGGUAUUAAGCCCAUUUGGUCUUAGCUAGUUUGAUAGAUAAUUUUGUAAACAACAUGCAACUGUAAAUGAAAGAAUUUAUCUAAUUUUUACUAAAUAAAUCAUUUACUAACAAUA